AUGUCCUUAAUCGCGUGUUUGAUGGCCAUCUGGCUCUUCGGAGUCAAGGCUAUUCAAAUCUUCUACAACUGGUACAGACUCAAGCACAUCCCAGGAUCAUUCUGGAUCUCAUCCACGAAGCUUUGGCAGAUCGCCACCCAGAUGCGAGGUAAUUGGUACCUCGAAGUACGAAAGCUUGGUGAUAAACACGGAAAAUUGGUCCGCAUCGGACCUAACCAACUCCUGACUACUGACGUUGAUGUGAUUCGACGAAUGGCCCAUUCCAAGUCGUCUUACACUCGUGCCCCGUUCUAUCAGACGUUCAGAUUCAUUCCUACUCAGGACAAUUCUUUCUCUCUUAUUGAUGAUGUUGAGCAUACUCGUCUUCGAACCAGCCUUGGACCUGGCUACGUUGGCAACGAGUUCGUAGAAUCAUGUGUCGAUAAUCAGUGCUCGCGUCUCGUGAAUCUGAUCGAGAAGAAGUUUAUCUCAACCCCCGGAGAGUACAAGCCUUUGGAUCUGACUAAGGUCUCCUUCUUCUUCGCGAUGGAUUGUGUUGGUGACCUGUCCUUUGGUCGAGCAUUCGGCUGCCUCGACGAGGGAGAAGACGUCCACAAAUUCGUCAAGUGGAACGAGGAUUUCUUCAACAUUGCGAUCCUGAUCUCGAACUUCCAUUGGUUGACAAAGAUCUUCUUUAAGCAUCCCUUCAACAAGAUUUAUCCGUCAGCUCUCGACAAGGACGGCGUUGGCAAAUACAUCGCACUUGCACAAGAAGCCGUGAAGAAGAGUUACGACGAGGGUCAGGGUCGCCUGAGAGAUACACUCUCAUCCUUCAUUGAGCAAGGCAUCACAAAGGACGAGGCAAUCAACGAGCUGAUGUUGCAAGUAGUGGCCGGCACGGAUUCCACAGCAACUGCUAUCCGAAUGACCAUGUUGUUCCUCGUCACCAGUCCCUCUGCCUAUAGCAAGCUCAAGUCAGAGAUCUCUGAAGCCAUCUCAAAGGGAACGAUUAGCUCGCCAAUCAAGGAUGCCGAGUCUCGUAAAUUGCCGUAUCUUCAGGCUGUCAUCAAGGAGGGACUACGCGCAUUCCCCGUUGUUACCGCGACCUUCUUCAAGAAGGUACCCAAGGGAGGAGAUUUCAUCAACGGUUAUUUCGUCCCCGAGGGCACUGAGGUCGGACACAACGUGAUGGGUAUCAUGCGAGCAGAGCAGUACUGGGGCAAGGAUGCCGAUGUCUUCCGCCCGGAACGCUGGCUCGAGGCCGAUGAAGAGACUUACGAGAUGAUGACAGGUGUUCUUGAGACACUCUGGGGAUCCGGACGAUACAAGUGCCUUGGCCGAGCUAUUGCCCAGGUCGAGUUGAACAAGGUGUUUGUUGAGUUACUCCGCCGAUUCGAUUUCUCAGUCGUAACUCCUCAAGAUCCGGUCAAGAUCGUGAACUCCGGUUUCUUCCUCAUGUCUGAGAUCAAGAUGCGAGUCACGAAGAGUGAAUUGAUCAAGGAGUAA